AUAAUUUCUCUUUCCUUUUCUAUGCUCACUUCCGAGUUCCGAUUUAGUUUAAUUUUACUUUUUCUUUUUGCAUCUUUAAAAUAACUACAACAUUUUCUCGCCUCUUUUUUUUCCUUCGAUAUUUCGAAAUCGAUUUUAGUGGAUUUUGGUUUUGAAGUGCUGCAUUUGGUUGCUGAGAAAAUGGAGGUCAAAUUGAAGAACUUAAAAGUCGUUUCCCACCAUUAUCAUGGUUCGGGAAAGAGAUGUGUGUUGGGAAUAUGCUGAGAAAUUAGAUGGAAAUAAAGUUAGGUGCAAAUUUUGUCUUAGGGUUUUGAAUGGUGGAAUCAGUAGGUUAAAGCAUCAUCUAUCUCGUCUUCCAAGUAAAGGUGUAAACCCUUGUAAUAAAGUUCGAGAUGAUGUUACUGAUAGGGUUCGAGCUAUAAUAUCGUCCAAAGAGGAUAUUAAAGAAAUACCUAGUGUUAAGAAGCAGAAGAUAGCUGAAGUGAGGGCUCCUGGGAAUAUGUCUACUGGUAGUAAAAUUAGUCCUUUAGAGACACUCUCUCCUGCUGCAAAAGUUUUCCCUACCGUCCUAUCCAUUGCUGCUUCGACAUUGAGUGACCAGGAAACUGUGGAGAGAAGCAUUGCUUUGUUCUUUUUUGAGAAUAAGUUGGAUUUUAGCGUGGCUCGUUCUUCGUCAUAUCAAGCAAUGAUUGAUGCGGUUGGAAAGUUUGGUCCUGGAUUGAUAGCUCCAUCUGUGGAAACCUUGAAGACAACAUGGUUGAAAAGGAUCAAGUCUGAAGUGACUUUACAUUUGAAAGAUGCGGAGAAAGAAUGGGCCACGACUGGAUGUACCAUCAUUGCAGACACAUGGACUGACAAUAAAUCUAAAGCUUUAAUCAACUUCUUAGUUUCAUCCCCUUCGAGGACCUUUUUCCACAAGUCUGUAGAUGCAUCCUCAUAUUUUAAGAACACAAAGUGCCUUGCUGAUUUAUUUGAUUCCGUUAUUCAAGAUUUUGGCCAGGAAAAUGUUGUGCAAAUUAUCAUGGAUAGUAGUUUCAACUACACUGGUAUUUCAAGCCAUAUCUUGCAGAAUUAUGGAACCAUUUUUUUAUCUCCUUGUGCAUCUCAAUGUUUGAAUCUAAUCUUGGAAGAAUUUUCUAGGGUAGAUUGGGUGAACAGAUGUAUCUUACAAGCACAAACAGUAUCCAAGUUUCUAUACAACAAUGCAUCAAUGCUUGACUUAAUGAAGAAGUUCACUGGGGGACAGGAGCUCAUAAGAACCGGAAUAACAAAGUCUGUAUCAUGCUUUCUAUCGUUGCAAUCAACGUUGAAACAGAGGUCGAGAUUGAAGCAUAUGUUCAAUAGUCCUGAAUAUUCAACUAACUCCUCGUAUGCAAAUAAACCGCAGAGCAUUUCUUGUAUUGCCAUUGUUGAGGAUAAUGACUUUUGGAGAGCAGUAGAAGAAUGCGUGGCAAUAUCUGAGCCCUUUUUGAAGGUGUUGAGGGAAGUAUCUGGAGGGAAACCUGCUGUCGGUUCUAUAUAUGAACUAAUGACUAGAGCCAAGGAAUCGAUAAGGACAUACUAUAUCAUGGAUGAGAGUAAGUGCAAGACAUUUUUGGACAUAGUUGACAGACAAUGGAGGGACCAACUUCAUUCGCCUUUACAUUCAGCUGGGGCCUUUUUAAAUCCUAGCAUCCAGUAUAAUCCGGAAGUAAAAUUUCUAGGAUCUAUAAAAGAAGACUUCUUUAAAGUUCUGGAGAAACUACUUCCCACACCUGAGUUAAGACGUGACAUCACCAAUCAAAUUUUUACUUUUACAAGGGCAAAGGGGAUGUUUGCAUGUAAUCUAGCAAUGGAGGCACGAGAUACGGUUUCUCCUGGACUCUGGUGGGAGCAAUUCGGGGACUCAGCACCAGUGUUGCAACGGGUUGCAAUUAGAAUUCUUAGUCAAGUUUGCAGCACUUUUACGUUCGAGAGGCAUUGGAGCACGUUCCAACAGAUUCAUACAGAAAAACGGAAUAAGAUUGACAAGGAAACAUUGACUGAUGUUGUGUAUAUUAACUACAACCUCAAGUUAGCAAGAGAGAUGAAAACAAUGCCGACGGACUCCGACCCCAUUCAGUUUGAUGACAUUGAUAUGACCUCUGAAUGGGUAGAGGAAAGCGAAAAUCCAAGCCCAACACAGUGGCUUGAUCGGUUUGGUUCUGCUCUGGAUGGGGGCGACUUGAACACACGACAGUUCAGCGCUGCCAUGUUCGGAAAUGACCAUAUCUUUGGCUUGUGACUUGUCUAGGCAAGUCACUGUAAGGCCUUAUGUUGUGAUAGAAUGAUAUUAGCAUUCAUGUUCAUAGUUAGUUCAGUUUAAAUUGUUGAAAUCUAUAGCGGCCUUGUAUCAAUGGCGCUGUAUAAUUUAACGGUGUUAAUGUAUGGAUGAAAUCUGAUUCAAAUGUCUCAAAUUCAGCAGGUUUUGAUUGCUUAGAAGAGCCCUGCCUUGGGCAGGCUCGCUGCUAAUAAGGUGAUUAGAUCAAAGUAAUAUUUCAUUUUUAGAGUAAA